CGCACUAUCCAAACCACUCAUAGUUGUUCUGUCAGUGUCACCUUUCCUAAAUUUCUCAAAUUCCCAAUUUUUCUGAACAAUCAUGGGUAGCCUUGAAGCAGAAAGAACAACUGUUGGUUGGGCUGCAAGAGACCCUUCAGGGAUUCUUUCUCCCUACACCUUCACCCUCAGAAACACUGGCCCUGAUGAUGUUUACAUCAAAGUUCACUACUGUGGAGUUUGCCAUACUGAUGUCCACCAAGUUAAAAAUGAUCUUGGCAUGUCCAAUUAUCCCAUGGUUCCCGGGCAUGAAGUGGUUGGUGAGGUACUUGAGGUUGGCUCCGAUGUUACCAGGUUCACAGUGGGUGAAAUUGUGGGAGCUGGCCUCCUUGUUGGAUGCUGCAAAAAAUGCACGGCAUGCCAAUCUGAUAUUGAGCAAUACUGCAAAAAGAAAAUCUGGAAUUACAAUGAUGUUUAUGUAGAUGGAAAACCAACACAGGGUGGCUUUGCUGAAACCAUCAUCGUUGAGCAAAAGUUUGUUGUGAAAAUUCCAGAAGGGAUGGCGCCAGAGCAAGUUGCACCAUUGUUGUGUGCUGCUGUGACAGUGUAUAGUCCACUUUCACAUUUUGGGCUGAAAGAGAGUGGUUUGAGAGGUGGAAUUUUGGGGCUUGGAGGAGUGGGACACAUGGGGGUGAUAAUAGCAAAGGCAAUGGGUCACCAUGUGACUGUGAUAAGCUCUUCAGAUAGGAAGAAGAAAGAAGCAAUUGAGGAUCUUGGAGCUGAUGCAUAUCUGGUCAGCUCAGAUACCACUAGCAUGCAGGAAGCUGCUGAUUCACUUGACUACAUCAUUGACACUGUGCCUGUUGGUCACCCUCUUGAGCCUUAUCUUUCAUUGCUCAAACUUGAUGGCAAAUUGAUCUUAAUGGGUGUGAUCAACACCCCUCUGCAAUUUAUCACACCCAUGGUCAUGCUAGGGAGGAGGUCAAUCACUGGAAGCUUCAUUGGGAGCAUCAAGGAGACAGAGGAGAUGCUAGAGUUCUGGAAAGAGAAGGGUCUGACUUCCAUGAUUGAAAUAGUGAAUAUGGAUUACAUUAACAAAGCCUUUGAGAGAUUGGAGAAGAAUGAUGUGAGGUAUAGGUUUGUUGUGGAUGUCAAAGGCAGCAAGCUAAUUGAUCAGUGAAAGCUUACAAACAGGAAACACCAAAUGAAGUAUGGACAAGUUAAUUAAGGCUAUAUGGUCAUACGCAACUUUUCGUGUGUUUGUAUUAUUAUUUCUAACAAUAUUGAAGAGAAUGCUUUAUUUUCCUAUGCUAUAUUGUUCAUGUCAAACUCUCAGGGAAAGCAAAAGAUACCAAACUUCCAAUUUGGCUA